AGGAAGGAGGAGGGUUCAUGUGAUGCUAUGACUAUGAAGUGAACAAAGUGUAGACAUCAUUUCACCAACUGUUAGGAUGGAGGACACAUCUCUACUGCAGCUACUCUUUCUGACCUCACUGCUGAGCAGCACAACAAACCAAGCCUCUCUGACUGUGAGUCCCAGCAGCUCUCAGAUGUUUGAAGGACAGUCUGUCUCUCUGAGCUGUGAGGAGGACGACAGCUCUGCUGGAUGGACUCUGAGGAGGAACACAACCAGAGAAACCAGGACUCAGUGUGGAGAUGACUGGGGAAGACCUGUUGGUUCUUCCUGUAACAUCAGCUACAUGGCCCCAUGGUACAGUGGAGUUUACUGGUGUGAGUCCAGAGAGGGAGCAACCAGUAACAGCAUCACCAUCACUGUCACUGGUGGACCAGUGAUCCUGCAGAGUCCUGUCCUCCCUGUGAUGGAGGGAGAAGACCUCACUCUGACCUGUAGAACAAAGACGUCCUCCAACCUCGCAGCUGGUUUCUAUAAAGAUGGAUCCUUCAUCAGGACUGAGCCUGCAGGUCACAUGACCAUCCACCAUGUUUCCAGGUGUGAUGAAGGCCUCUACAAGUGUCUCAUCAGCAGUGUUGGAGAGUCUCCACCCAGCUGGGUCUCUGUCACAGGGAAACCAAAUACCACAAGCUCUCCUAUCACCACAAGCCAAUCUCUGUGCUUGCCACCACCCCCUGACACCUUAGCUCCGCCCCUCAGACUGGUCAUCCACAUGGUGGUGUUCUGUCCGUUCUGCAUCUCCACUUUGAUCAUGGUGUCUCUAUAUCGACGCAGGGCCAAAGGAAACGGCCUACCUGUCGCCAUGGUGAUGACCUCGCCCACCCAGGCUGAGGAGGGAUUGGAUGAAGACUAUGAUGAUGUCAUCACCGCUGUCACCAGAGAGCAUCACUUCUGAACUGAUCUGAAAAGAAGCUGAAAUCGCCGUAGAUCAGAAACAGUUCCCCCGUCUUUUAUGUCUUUUUGAUCUUAAAUUUUUAAUUACUUGAUCACUGAAAUACAGAUAUCUUAAGAGUAUUUGGAUUUCCGUGCAGUUUAGUGUCCCAAUUUAGGCCUAACCCCCGUAACCAUUCCGCUAACUCCCUAACCCCUGUUAAACAGCACAGGUGGUUUAGCAGUUUCAUAAUUAUUUAAGGAUAUUGUAUGGGGAAUUUGGGACACUAAACUGUACGUAUACUGAGUAUUUCAAUAUUAUAUUCAUGUAAAAUUGGGUAAAAAUUAAUUUAGGUCAGUCAGAAAGUACAAAACUUUAAUGUGUACUGUGUGUUCCGGUGAUAAAAUAAUGACCAUUAACAUGUCUAAACACACGUGACAUAGACCACUUCUGAGUCACAUUCUUCAGUAUUUUAUGGUAGUGUCAAGCAUUAAACUCUGCCUCCCA